AACACUUCGGUUUAUUGUCAGGCUGUUUGUGUCAAAAUAUCAUUCAUUUUUUUCUACUCAGAGACAACAAAGGGUUAAAUAGUUAACUAUCCAGUUCAGACUUGGUGUAAAUCUGUUUAGGAGUAAUUCAACAACACCAUGACAAGACUGCCAAUACUUUAGGCAAUAUUGUUUGGUUGUGAAUGUGCAGCUCUGACUCAGAGGAUUUACCUAAUCCAAAUACUUCAGACUCUUGUCCACCGUGAAUUACUGAGUUACCCAAUAUCAAUGAGCUUUACCUCAAACUACGCCCAGUCAGGAUAUAGGUGUUGUCCACUGCAAAGGAAGGAAAUUCUGUCACUUAGAACAAUGGGCAUGUUUCUCUAUCUAUAGACCCAGAGAGGCCGAGAGCAGGACGGAGCAGACCUUGUUCUGUUAGAUAGAAAAGGGUAUUUUAGUACAGCGAAGACUGGCCUAAUGGAUGUGAAGAAUUAGAGUCUUGUAUGUUGAUGCGCAACAAGUUUAGAAAUAUGAAAAUGGACUUUCAUCUCAGGAAAAAGGAAUCAUACAAAGUUUUUAUGCUACUGUGAGCUGCAUAUCAGCAUUUUGCUUUGGAGGAAUCAUAUCAGCUUUCUACUGAAGGAUCAGAAGCGGUCUUGGAUGGAGGGGUCUGGCAGUCCUCGCUUCAGAAAGCUUCACUUCCCAGUGGGUCUUUGGAUCAACUCACCAAGGAAACACUUUGCCAAGCUGGGGAGUCGCUGGCCGAGUGCUGUCUCUGUCAAGUCGACCACUAGCUCUGACGCAGCCUCCCUCCACGAGGCCCCCUCUGCUCCUUCCUCUUCCCUUUCUACCUCCACCCCCUCGCUGGCUUCCCCUGCCCCAUCCCCAUCCCCUUCCCCUGCCUUCCUCAGGCCGCGGCCUGCUGGGCCCCAGUCUCGCACAAAGCGCCUUUCCCACCUCUUCCUGCGAGGGCGCUCCAACAGUGACCGGGACCGUGCGGUGGGGGAGAGGGAGAGAGAGGUUUGGGCUCAUUCAGCUGCUUCCUCCUCCCAUCAUUAUCUCCCCCCUGCCUCAUCAUCUGCCCCAGGUCUGAUCAAGAUCUACGGGGAUGCCCUCUCCAGUGGGGCCAAUUAUCGCUCCCUGCUGGCCAACAUUCACUCUACAGCCAGGCAGCUCAUCGCCCAGGUCAUCACUCGGUACACUGAGAGGGAAAGGGAGGAGACAGAUGACGCAGUUCUACAGAAACACAGCCCAGAGGACUUCCUGUUGUGUGAUGUCAUUGGAAAGCCCAUCCCGCAGCCAGAUGGAGCUAUCAAAUGGGAGACAGAGUGCCGGAGAAGUGUUGCCCCAUGGGAAUGUCCUCUGUUGUUGGUGGACAUGUGGAGGCCUAAGGAUGGAUUCGAGCGACGCUUUGAAAUCCAAAGGAAGGAUGAGUAUGAGAGAGAGGAGAUGGAGAGGGAGAAGGAACGUGAGAGGGAAGGAGAGAACUAUCCAGGUGUGCGCUGGCGCCGGAGCAGGAUUUCAUCAGGGGGUGGACCAGAGGAGAGUGAGCGAGGUCAUCGCGGAAGAAACACAGAGCUCAGGAGGAGCAUCAGUGACAUGAACUUGAGUUUGCGUCGUCGCCAAGGCAAUCACGUCAUUAAAGACCAACGUGGCCCUGGCAACCGGCCUAACAACAACGCAGGGAUGCAGGACAGGAAGAACAUUGUGAGCAUGAUCAGCCCACAGCCGGGAGAGAUUAGAGCUUCAAAAACUGAAGGAAAGGUUGGAUGGACAAACCAGCCCGCAGAGGACGAGAGGGAUUACUCCAGCUGCGACCUGGAAGUGAUGUCACAAAGUCUAAUCCUUCCACCCACAGACCGACCCUACUUCCUGUUGCUGCAGGGUUACGAUCAGAGCAAGGAUUUUGUUUUGUACAUCAUGGCGGGACAUACCCAUGUGUUUGGAAGGAAGCCCACAAUGAGGGAGAAAGAGAAGGAUAGAGAGAGGGAGAGGAAGGGGAAGAGGCCUCUGAAAGUGGACACGUUCCUCUCUGCUCCGGACCUGUUGGCCAGACACUUACUGGUCAGGAGAGACUCAGCUGUUCCCGACACGCCCACCGGACAAGCUCUGAUGCGGCCCUUCAGAGGAGGUGCUGUCACGCACAAUGGAGUGGCCCUUUAUAGGGAGACCGUCUUGAAGCCUGGGGAUGUGAUUGGUCUUGGGAACCACUUCCUUUUUCUGUACCGUGACCCCCGUGUGACUCCAGCUGCACCACUGGCAUUGACCCUGCCAUGGCAGACUGACGUCUCCACCACCUGCUGUCCUUCAGGGUUGGUGGACAGGCAGGAGGCACUGAGGACGUACCUGGGAUCUACUGACGCAGUUCUGAAGUUCCAUCCCCGUCACGCAGAUUCCCUGUUACAGGAGAUUAUCUCCAAAAAUUCUUCUCCAGACUCUGGAGGCGGACCUUUAGCUCCUGCGUAUCUCCUGUCAAUCAUGAUUGAUCAUGCAUCCAAACACCUGGAUCCUGCUCUCACACCACAGAUAUUACUCAAAUCAGCAAAUCUAAUUAAAGAAAUUGUCUGGGAUAACAUUAAGGAAUUUGGGGAUAAGCAUCCCACGCAAAACUCCACAGAGCAGGAGGGUGAGAUAAGCACGCCGAAUGUCCAGAAACUAUCGUCUGACCUUCGACCCCUGAUGUUCUGGAUGUCGAAUGCCACAGAACUCCUGAACUUCUUUCAGGUCAAAGUUGAAGCCAUGGAGAAAGAGUGGGAGUUUGAAGCCCCGGGGGACCCACUUCUAACAGCUGACAUGGACACCUGCUCUGAAGCUCUGGCACAGCUGGAUGAUGUCAUUAUGCACACUUUCCAACAGUGUGUGUAUCACCUCACAAAGACACUCUACUCACUCCUUCCAGCCCUCCUUGACUCUAACCCGUUCUCCAGCAAUGAAAAAGAGAAGGAUGGGGUUCGGGAUGCUGAGGGUGAAGACGAAAGAGGAGGGAGCGGAGAGGUGGAUGAUGUCUCUGCCUUACCAUCCAAAGUUGCUGGAUUGGUGGAAGUGUAUCGCUGUUCCCUGAUGCUGUCACGGGAGGCGUGUUUGUCCCCGCCGCUCACCUCGCAAACCUUUGGCUACCUCUUCUUCUUCACCAACACCUCCCUGCUGAAUACUCUGCUAGAGAGAGAUGGGUUAUUUUCAUGGUCCAGAGCAGUCCAAAUCCGUACAAACUUGGACCUGGUUCUGGACUGGCUACAGGGGGCAGGAUUAGGCGACAUAGCCUCUGAGUUUAUGAAGAAACUGUCAAUCACUGUUAACUUCCUGUGUAUUCCCAAGACUCGACUCAUCCAGUCGUCCUGGAUUGAUCUGCAGGAGGACCAUGCCUUAUUGAGUCCUGCCCAGUUGCACCACCUGCUUACCCAUUACAAGCUGGGCCCAACUAGAGCCCCACCUGCAUCCUGGGCCCCUCAGCCAGGCACAGAACUGAGCGGAGACAUCUUUGAGAGCUUUCUGGACCAUCCUCCUCUAAUCCUGCCCAACGAGACCCCGCGCCUUGACCUAUCCCAGCCAAUCCCCAGCUCUGAGCUCCAAAAGGAAGUGACACGUCUCCGCACCUUCUUGUGGGGACUGGACCAGGAUGAGCUCCCUGCCAAUCAGAGGACUCGGCUUUAGAGAAGCCUAGAUUAGUCUCUCUUAGGAUAUCUAAUAAAAGUAAAAAGAAUAGCAACAGGAACAACAAACCAACUGCACACUGGAUUUGUUUUUGCCAUUUUGUUGUCUCGUUGUUCUUUUAAUAACAUUUCUGUAUAAGUUCAUUUAUUCAUUUAGAUAUUUUCAAGUUUAGAAAUAUAUUGGCUUUGAUGUGUUUUAUUUUACGCAGGGAGUGAAGCUUCAUGUCUAGGUCACACAGUGUUUAGCUUAACCUAACUUUUCCUUGUCUUUCAUAUAUGUUUUAACUACUCGUUUGAAAUAAAACACUGAAUUCUAGUCUGAAA